AUGCCGGCUGUGCCCCUCGUCAUGGCGGAGUUUGUCGACCCGUCCGAGGCGGUCGCGCCGCGACCUUCUUCCGCCACGCCGGCCCGCCAGCCGAGCCGGCCGGAGUUUGGCGUGGACGAUGAGCCGCUGGUGGCGCUGCCGUCCUUUGACGAGCUGGCGGCGCUGAGAGGGCCGGCGCUGCCGCCGAUCAACGCCGGCAAGGCCGCCUACUCGCUGCCGGAGGAGGAGGAGCAGUCGCCGGUGGAGAAGGUUGUGUUUCGGCUGGCGUGGGCUGGGAUCGGCACGCUCAUUGCCAUCGAGGCGGAGGGCCGAGCUCGCAACACACUGCUCGAGCCCGCGCGCGACCUGCUCAAGGCGCGCGAGAGAGGAGCCGAGGCGACCUGA